AUGCCAUUCUGGCGCAAGCGGCCUCGAUGGCCCCCUUCACCGUCGGUAGAGGACGAAGUCGAAUCUCUUUCCCGGGAAUUAUCCGGACUGUCCAUGCUCGGAGAAAAGCCUGGAGUGGAGGGCGUCUGUGCCAGGGGCACAGUCGACCAAUACCCCGUUCUAUUGGAGGUCCCGUCCUUUGUCUCCAUCACCCAAUCCUUUCCCUGGGAGGAUUCCGGUCGAUGCGGAUCAUCAGACGACAGUGCCGGACCUCCCACCCCGCCCCUGGUUGCCAAGCAGGAUCCGAUCUUCAACGUCGCCGGGGCCACCGACAUGCCUGGAUAUACGCUGGAUUCUGUGCCCGUGUCGGCUCCGGUGAAACCUGGGAGCAUGACUCCCCAGAACAGAUCACGGGAACCGUCGCGCGCCCGGCCUACUCGAAACCCUGUGCGCACUGCUGAUUCCCAGACACCUGUCGCACGCCAGGAGCGCUCGAAGUCCAAGGCGUGGAAGGAAGACAGGGACGUACCGACAGCUCGCCGAGCAGAGUCCAAAACGCGAAAGGAAGAUAGGGGAAGCGCAUCGACAGCUCGCCGAGCAGAAUCCCGCACCAGACGAUCAACCACGUCUGCAUCCCGCAGCAGUUCACGUAACCCAGAGUAUCCCCGAGCAGAGUCUCGCGCACGACUACCAGCCACCCCAGCAUCCAGCAGUGGCUCGCUUAACCUAGAGGAAACCCGAUCAGAGUCCCGCAAAAGAGUACCGGCCAUCCCAGCAUUUAGCAGUGGCUCGCUUAACCUAGAGGAAACCCGAUCAGAGUCCCGCACAAGACUACGGACCACACCAGCAUCCCGCAGCAGUUCACGUAAACCUGAGGAUACUCGACUAGCGCCUGUCCAGUCCACCGUUCGGCGAUCGUCAAGUGUGAAGCAUGAGAAGCCCCGGCGGCCGAUCACGGCCAAACGCUCUACCACGUCUGGGUAUCAAUCUGACACGGCCACGAUGAAAGACCGGGAGGACAAGCUUACUCAGAAGGACAAGCUUAGCCGGAAGGACACGCCCGUCCAGAAGGAGGCGCUCAUCCAGAAGGACAAGCCCAUCCAGAAGGAGACGCCCGUCCAGAAGGAGACGCCCAUCCAGAAGGAGACGCCCAUCCAGAAGGAGACACCCAUCCAGAAGGAGACGCCCAUCCAGAAGGAGACGCCCAUCCAGAAGGAGACACCCAUCCAGAAGGAGACGCCCAUCCAGAAGGAGACGCCCAUCCAGAAGGAGACGCCCAUCCAGGAGGAAACGCCCAUCUCGAAAUCUCCAGUUGCCGAGAAACCAUCCCAAGGGACCAACGUGCCCAGUCUAGCGCAGAGGCUAGAAGAGAAAAUCCGGCGCCGACAAGAGGAACGCAACUCGCCCAAGCUACCGGAAGAUGCCCAGGUCGACCGUGACACGCCCGCCAAUCCACCGCCGGCUCCGGUGCCAGCUCCGGCGGCACCAGCACCAGUGGACAACCGCAUCGAACGCAAAGCCGAGCCUGUUGACUACUGCUCUGAUACGGGGGUUCGCCCAGCGGCUGCUAAGAAGUCUCGCCGUCUGAAACCGGCACUGAAGACAAACAAAAGCUCUUCUGGGUCAUCUUCCGACAGAGAGUCGCCCGCCUCAAUUAUCUUUACCGACAAUGGCACCUCUCAAACGUCCUUGUCGUCGGACGAGGGGCCACCCAAGCGGCCCCCUUCCAGGCGGACAGUGUCCUUCCUCGACGAGCCGUCCAAGCCUGCGCCCUCCCCCACCCAACAAGCCCUAGAAAGUGACCAGCAACGACCCCUGACUCGGCAGACCAGCUCGUCGCGCGAGAGCUCGCGUUCCCCGCCAACAAACCACCCCGGAGGAUUCAGCCUCCUGCCCUGUUCCAGAUCCGUCCCCAAAGCCGGGUACCAAGACUGGUACACCAUUAAGGGGCUGACGCACCUGAACAUCUGCCCGGGGUGCACAACACAGAUGCGCAAAUCGCGAUUCCGGGACCAGUUCAUGCUCGCCAAUCCACGGCCACGGGGCGACAAAGUGCGCUGCUCGAUGAGCCUCCCAUGGGCCCGGCUCGCCUGGACACAGACGCUCAAGAAACAGCUCGACCACCUCGACAUGCUCUACGACGUGACCUGGACCUCAGCCGGCACCAAGCCCUGCACCGGACGAACCAUCAGCGACCAAUACUGGUACCGGGUCAUCGACCCCGACACAGGCGUCUUCCUCCCGAAAUUCAACGUCUGCUCAACCUGCAUCCGCAACCUCCGCACCGUGAUCCCCGCCCACCGCAGCACCUUCAAGCGAAGCAGCACGAAACAAGAACGCGUCUGCGACCUCGUAACCGACUCCCCCCGCUUCAUCCGCUACAUCGACCUCCUCGACAUGUCGGCCACGCGCGCAGAGCAAGACUCCACACUCGAGCUCGACCUCCUCGAAUUCAUGGCCUACGCGCGCCGCAAAGUCGUCAUCCGCGACUGCCCGCGCGACCGCCUCGUCUUCAGCACCUGGCACUACAUGCCGCAGCUUCCCACCUUCACAGUCUGCGAAGACUGCUACGACGACGUGGUCUGGCCGCUUGUGCGCGCGAACCAGCCCCUCGCACGGCGCUUCUCCGCCUCCUCCCGGCUCCUACCGGGGAAAGCAGCCGCGCAGUGCUGCCGCGAGGCAAGCUGCCAGCUAUACUCGCCGCGGAUCCGGGCGAAGUUCCAAGACGCGGUGGCGCGCGAUGACCUGGAGUAUUUGAGUUCGAUUGCGGUGAGGCGGUUUGAUGCUGAGCAGCGGUAUCUGGAGCGGAGGGAGACGCUGCGGGGUAAGGAGAGGUUGGGGUAUGAUUGUGACGGGGAGUUGAGGGAGAAUUUGGAGGAGUGGAAGAGGUGGGAGUGAAUGAUUGAAUGGAUAAUUGAAUGAAUGAAGGAGUCGCGGGCGACUCUUUCUUUCGUUUGGAUGUAUAGUGCACUGUUGCUUUUGCUUUGAUGUAUCUGUAUCACUGUAUGCAUGGAUGGAUGGAUGGCACGACAGGUUUGCUUUAUGUAUGC